CCUCUCGUCUCGCCCCUUCUUCUCAAUCAACCCAAAACCAACGGAUGACACAUGGGACACCAGCCGCUGGCCCGGAAAUAUACCCAAAUCCAAUCCAACCGGCACACGUGAAGAACAGUCAUGGGCGUGAUCGACGCGUGGUUGGGUUGUUUCUUGCUGAUGGCCCUCGGGGGUCGCCUGGUGGCCGGCACCACCUGCUACUUCCCCGAUGGCACGGAAGCAACCAACUACACGCCCUGCUCCGAUGACGGGGUCUCCUUUUGCUGCAACGAAAACUCCAUCUGCCUGUCUAACGGCCUAUGCACCUCCAUGCAUCAACCUUAUGUCCUCGGGCGGGGAGCCUGCACCUCUCAGAGUUGGAACGAAACCUCCGUCUGCGACGAUGUCUGUCAUGGAAUUACCACCGCGUGGGGGACAGCAUGCUCGCUCAUCCUUUACAGCGAUGUAAAUGGGAAAGCCCUUUACUGCCCCAAUUCCAUCAUCUCCAAUGGCACCAGCUCCAUCGGAUGCGCGGAUGGCGUCUCUCCGAUCCAGGUCGCUACUGGCCAGCCCAUUGCCGGCAAGGCCUACCUGUCCAAAUACACUCUCACUUCUUCCAUCACCACGACCAAUACCACCAGUAAUAGCAGCAGCAGCAGCAAUGACAAUUGCGCAAAUACCAGCAGCGGGAAUACCAACAACAGCACCACCGGCAGCAACAGCACAAACGAUGGAGACAAAGUCAGCCGGGAGACUCUAGCGGCGGUAGGAGCGGGCGUCGGCGUCCCACUGGGACUGCUGGCCAUGGCCUCGCUGGGCUAUGGAUAUAACGAAAGAAGAAAGCGGGUCCAACUGCAAAACUCUCCAGCCUUCAUGUCUCAAAUGCAUCACACCACAGUAUAUCGAUCCAACCUGGGGCCCAAAGAAUUGUCCGGGCAAAUUCCACUCCACGAGCUAGGGGAGAUGAAUCGGCAUGAGCUGGCUGGUACAGUUCCGUGAACUGGAAGACUGGGACGGAGUAAGCAGCAUCUGUCGGGUUAAUGUGUUUCUUGUUUUUGUCGCUGCUAUAGCCAUUCUAAUCAAUUUUCUAUCAUCUGUUCUCUGUUCCCGGUGGACCCUUUCCUUUGUCUGGGACCGCCGUCGACAACUGGUGCGGCACCUGCCGCCAGAUGCUCCCAUCCCAUCCCAAUACCGUCUCCCGCUCUCUUUUAUCGGUCUAUGGCAGUAGGUCUCCGGCCCCUUAUGCCGAGUUAUCUUGUGAAUCUCGUGCCGUGCUUAGCAGUCGCACCGAGUAAGCAAUGGGGGAUGCGACCGUGUGGUCGGUCGGUCAUUCAACCCGGGUGAGCCAGCCGGCAUUCAGUUCCAAAAUCCGGACGAGAUGGGUCUGUUCAAG